AAAAAUGGACGGAGGUCCUUUCGAUGAUCCGAUCUUCUCUGAUUUCGGCGGUCGAGGAGGUUCCGGGGUUCACAGUAUUCAAGUGAUGCUCGGUCUUCAUGGUGGACACCACGGUGGCGAUUUAAUGCCUACUGGAGGCCAUCUUCACAAAUUAGAUUCUUCGAAUAGUCCACCGCCUCAUCAUCAAACGUCUCAUCAUCAUCUGCAACAACAACAGCAACAACAGAAAGAGCUGAAAGAAUUGGAAUUGGCUGGAAUGUAUGCUCCUCUUCCUCAGACGCAGGAUGUUACUACUUCGACGUCUACCACUGCGACCCCGACCUCAACGACAUUGCAACAGGGCCUUCAGCUUGGAAAUGCUUUGAAAAGGAAACCGGAGGAUCCAAUGAAUACUCUUGCUCCAGUUAGUAGCGAACCACAACCAGCUAAGAAAGAUUCCAAGAAAAAAACCGACAACAAUGGAAUCAAAAAGAAGAAAACUAGAACAACAUUUACCGCUUAUCAAUUGGAAGAAUUAGAAAGAGCAUUCGAACGUGCUCCAUAUCCUGAUGUUUUUGCACGAGAAGAACUCGCUUUAAAACUUGCGUUAUCAGAGUCAAGAGUUCAAGUAUGGUUUCAAAACCGGCGUGCAAAAUGGCGAAAGAGAGAACCUCCGCGUAAAACUGCUGGUUAUGGUAUGGCUGCUGGUUCAGCAAGCCCUGGUUUAUCAGGAUCAUUUACUUCACUGAACAAUACUCUUAAUCCAUUCGCCUCGCCGACAACAGCGACAGCACCACCGGAUGCCUGGGCAUAUUCUCCAGCUUACGAUUUGGCACCGCAUCUAAAUCUACUUAGCCCGUCUAACUCUCCAUACUCAACCUCCUUUGGUGGGCCAAGCAACAACGGAUCGGCAUACUCGUACGCGACAAUGCUUCCACAACACGAUGCCUCGUUAUUUUCCACACCAUCAGGCAAUACAAUGCGUGUACACCAGGACUACAUGAAUGCUAGUAACAGUCCACCACCACCUCUAACUCGUAACGACUAUCAGACUAUGGUAACUACCCACUCACCACCCACUCAUCUGACCAAUUCCAUGUCCGAGGAAGAACAUCAACAGAAUAAGCAAUUGGAUUAUGUCAGUGGUCUUAGUCCAGCGGAUAAAUAUCAGCACGAACAACCUGAUUACACCCAACAACAGCAACAACAACAACAACAACAACAACAACAACAACAACAACAACAACAAGAUCAAAAACAAGAAUAUGGGAUGCACUCACCACAAGGACGUCAAGGAAUGAAAGAGCAAGUGAUGGUGAAGAGCGAACCAACUAGUCAAAACUACGUACAGUUGCCUCCUUUUCUGAACUGACUCGAAACCUCCGGUCUAGAUUUGCUCUAGAACAACUGGUGGUUCCGAUUUGGAAUAAGUCUUCCUUGGCAAAGGAAUAUUAAGUUCAUAAUAAGAUCAUAUAUGUUUGUUGAUUUUUCAUCUUUGAAUUUCUUUUUUGAGCUGAAAUGAAAAUAAAAUCGAAGGCUUUAUUUUAAUUAGAGUUAUAAUUUUUUAUUUUAAAAAUAAAAAAAGUUUUUUGAAAGUUUUUUUAUUUUUAUUUAUAAAUUUUAUUUGUAUUAAUCGUAAAUAUAUCAAUUCUCUUUAAUACAAUUUCAUAUUGUAUUAUGUAGAUUUAAACAAUUAAUGAGAUUAAUUGGAAUUAUUCUCUUGGAAAAUUUAAUAUUAAGAAUAUGAUAAUCAUUAAUUUGUUUCAAUAAGAAAAUAAUAAAAAAAUACGUUAUAAUAAACAAACGUGUAAAAAAAGAAAAUAUUUUAGAAAAUUAAUUGAAUAAGAGCAUUCCAGUGCCUUAAAUGUAGAUUUGAGAUGUGAGUA